GUGAGCUGGAGGAAAUGAAUUAGAAAUUUAACUUUAAACAUUAAAACAAAAGGUGUGUGUGUGUGUGUGUGUGUGUGUGUGUGUGUGUGUGUGUGUGUGUGUGUGUGUGUGUGUGUGAGAGAGAGAGAGAGAGUGAAUAAUCUGAUGUUUCAUCUUUUCUUUCUCAGGUUGAUACGUUGUUCUCUAACAGGUGAAAGUCAUGCAGCUCUGUCCUCAGUUCUCAGUUCAAACUCCAACAAUCUGAGAGAUCUGAACCUGAGUAACAAUAAGCUGCAGGAUUCAGGAGUGAAGCUGCUCUCUGCUGCACUGAAGAAUCCACACUGUAAACUGGAGAUACUGAGAUCUUUAAUAAUGCAGGCAGCAGGAGAGGGACACAUCACUCCUGUGGAUCUACAACAUAAAUUCCAGAAGAAACUAAUAAAAAAGGAAGAGGAUGAAGAUGAUGAUGAUGAUUUCUUCUGUGAAGUCACUUUAAUCCCUGCGGAACUCGUCAGUUCUGUGAACCUGCUCUUCUCAGAGGACCAACAGUGUGGAGGUUUCCAGAUGAAGCCUGUGAAGAAGGAAGAACCUGAAGAUAAAGAUGGAAGAUACUCAGAUUGAACAAGGAUUUCUGCUGCUCCUCGAGUCCACGUUCCUCUACAACCCAAAAUCAUCUCCACAAACACAUCAAGAGCUGCAACCA